ACCCCCCCCCCCCUCUCUCUCGCCCUACGCAGUCAGGCAGCGAGCGCAGACCUCGACUCCCAGCGCUGUCCGUCUAGGGCACGCCAUGGAGGAGGAGCGGGCCGGGGAGCAGAUGAGGCCACUACUCACAACGGGUCAUGAUGAAGAAGCUGUUGUGGAUACAGGCAAAAUCAGUUCUACUAUCAACACAAACUUUGAGAAAGAAGAAUUAGAAAGUCAUAGAGCUGUAUAUAUUGGUGUUCAUGUGCCCUUUGGAAAACAAGGUCGACGCCGUCAUAGACAUCAUGGUCAUAAACGUCAUAGACGAAGAAAAGAAAAGGAGACUGAUAGAGAAGAUGGGCGGGAAUCUCCUUCUUAUGACACACCAUCCCAGAGAGUGCAAUUUAUCCUUGGUACAGAGGAUGAUGAUGAAGAACACAUUCCACAUGAUCUUUUUACUGAAAUGGAUGAACUUUAUUUUAAAGAAGGGGAAGAAUAUGAAUGGAAAGAAACUGCCAGAUGGCUAAAAUUUGAAGAAGAUGUUGAAGAUGGUGGUGAGCGGUGGAGCAAACCUUAUGUGGCUACUCUGUCUCUUCAUAGUCUGUUUGAAUUGAGAAGUUGCAUUUUAAAUGGAACGGUCAUGUUAGAUAUGAGAGCCAAUUCACUGGAUGAAAUAGCAGAUAUGGUAUUGGAUAACAUGAUAGCUUCUGGCCACCUUGAUGAAUCAAUGAGAGAAAAUGUCAGAGAAGCCCUUCUGAAAAGACAUCAUCAUCAGAAUGAAAAAAAGUUUAGUAAUCGGAUUCCCCUCGUUCGAUCCUUUGCAGAUAUAGGCAAGAAACAUUCUGACCCUCUCUUGCUUGAAAAAAAUGGGGAAGGCCUUACAGCCUCCCGCCAUUCUUUACGAGCAGGUCUCUCUGCCUCAAAUAUUUCCCUGAGAGGAGAGAAUCGUUUGUCCCUUCUUCUCAAUUACCUACUUCCUGGAUCUCCAGCAACCUCAAGGAGUACAACCCCUUUGCCUACCCCACAAAGCACUCCACCUUCCACUCCUAGGUGUGAUUCUAAGGGAGCCACAAAUUUCCAGCCAACCGAGCAUCAGGUGUCUCCUUCUAAUGAUGAUAUUCCUAAAGUAGUAAUUCAUCCACCCGAGGAAGAUUUAGAAGCUCAGGAAGGCAAGAAGAGGACAGAGGAAAAUAGUGACAUAACACCAGGGCUCUUAGCAUCACCACAAUCUGCACCUGGUAAUUUGGAUAUUGGAAAAAAUGGAGAAUUUAAAAUUAGUGGAACAGGAGGGAGUAGAGAAAACAGUACGGUUGACUUCAGCAAGGAUUCUGCCUCCUGGCACUGUAAUUGUGGCACACUUGGUGUGGGACUCAAGAGGCCAGCUGUGGAUAUGAACUUUAUGAGGAAGAUUCCAAUAGGUGCAGAGGCAUCAAAUGUGCUUGUGGGAGAAGUGCAUUUUUUGGAGAGACCAAUUAUUGCUUUUGUGAGGCUGUCUCCAGCUGUUCUUCUCACUGGUCUCACAGAGGUUCCUGUUCCCACACGUUUCCUUUUUCUGUUGCUGGGACCAGAAGGUAAAGCACCUCAGUAUCAUGAAAUUGGUCGAUCAAUAGCAACACUCAUGACUGAUGAUGUUUUCCAUGAUGUUGCUUAUAAAGCCAAAGACAGAAAUGAUCUAUUAUCUGGAAUUGAUGAAUUUUUAGAUCAAGUGACUGUUCUUCCUCCAGGCGAAUGGGAUCCUUCAAUAAGAAUUGAACCACCCAAGAAUGUUCCUUCUCAGGAGAAGAGGAAGAUUCCUAAAUUUCCAAAUGGAGCUGCUUCUCCUGGAGAACCCCUUAAGGAAGAAGGUCAUCAUGCUGGACCUGAACUACAAAGAACUGGAAGGCUUUUUGGUGGUUUGAUACUUGACAUCAAAAGGAAAACAUCUUUUUUCUUGAGUGACUUCAAGGAUGCAUUAAGUCUGCAGUGUCUGGCCUCGAUUCUUUUCCUAUACUGUGCCUGUAUGUCUCCUGUAAUCACUUUUGGAGGGCUCCUUGGAGAAGCUACAGAAGGCAGAAUAAGUGCAAUAGAGUCUUUAUUUGGAGCAUCAUUAACUGGAGUUGCCUAUUCACUUUUUUCUGGGCAACCUUUGACAAUAUUGGGCAGCACUGGACCAGUACUAGUAUUUGAAAAAAUAUUGUUUAAAUUUUGCAAAGAUUAUGGACUUUCUUAUCUUUCUUUACGAACCAGUAUUGGUCUGUGGACAUCAUUUUUAUGCAUCCUGUUAGUAGCAACUGAUGCAAGCAGCCUUGUGUGUUACAUUACUCGAUUUACUGAAGAGGCUUUUGCUGCUCUGAUUUGCAUAAUAUUUAUAUACGAAGCACUGGAAAAGCUCUUUCAUUUGGGAGAAGUAUAUCCUUUCAAUAUGCACAAUGACCUUGAUAAGCUGACAUUGUAUUCAUGUGUAUGUGCUGAACCUCCAAAUCCCAGUAAUGAAACCUUAGAGCUAUGGAUGAAAGCCAAUACAUCUCUGGAUACCAUACCAUGGACCAACCUCACAGUUAAGGAAUGCAAUAAUCUUCAUGGCAUAUUUGUUGGAUCAGCUUGUGAACAUCAUGGUCCAUAUUUCCCAGAUGUUCUUUUUUGGUCUGUUAUAUUAUUCUUUACAACAUUUUUCCUCUCCUCCUUUCUCAAGCAGUUUAAGACCAAACGUUAUUUUCCCACUAAGCCUACACGGAGUGAUCGUGGAUGGCUUAUCAAUCCUCUAGGGAGUAAUCCUUGGUGGACCCUAGUAGUUGCUGCAGUUCCUGCUUUGCUUUGUACCAUCCUUAUUUUUAUGGAUCAACAAAUUACAGCAGUUAUCAUAAACAGAAAAGAGCAUAAACUCAAGAAAGGUUGUGGUUAUCAUCUUGAUCUGCUCAUGGUUGGCAUUAUGUUAGGUAUAUGCUCUAUCAUGGGCUUGCCUUGGUUUGUGGCUGCAACUGUCCUUUCAAUAAGUCAUGUGAACAGUUUAAAAGUGGAAUCUGAGUGCUCAGCUCCAGGAGAACAACCAAAGUUCCUUGGAAUCCGUGAACAAAGAGUGACGGGAUUAAUGAUUUUUGUUCUGAUGGGGCUAUCAGUGUUUAUGACCUCUGUUUUAAAGUUUAUUCCAAUGCCAGUUUUAUAUGGUGUUUUUCUUUAUAUGGGAGCAUCCUCUCUAAAAGGCAUUCAGUUUUUUGAUCGUAUUAAACUGUUCGGUAUGCCUGCCAAACAUCAACCUGAUUUGAUUUAUCUCCGUUACGUGCCAUUAUGGAAAGUACAUGUAUUUACAGUGGUUCAGCUUACAUGUCUUAUUCUUUUGUGGGCAAUUAAAGCAUCAGCUGCUGCUGUUGUUUUUCCUAUGAUGGUUUUAGCUUUAGUUUUUAUUCGCAAACUUAUGGAUUUGUGUUUCACCAAACGGGAGCUCAGUUGGCUUGAUGACCUUAUGCCAGAAAGUAAGAAGAAAAAGGAAGAUGACAAAAAGAAAAAAGCAAAGGAAGAAGCGGAACGAAUGUUUCAGGCAGUGGACAGUGAAACUGUACACCUUCCAUAUGAAAGAAGUGAAGUAUUACAAAUUCCUGUGAAAGCUCUAAAAUACAGCAUUGACCCCUCUGUGGUAAACAUAUCAGAUGAAAUGGCCAAAACUGCACAGUGGAAGGCUCUUUCCAUGAACACAGAGAAUGCCAAAGUAACAAGAUCUAACUUGAGCCCUGAAAAUGAGUCAUGUGUGAAAAUAGACAUUGAAAAAACAUCUGAACUAAAGUAUGUAGAUGCUGAAACCUCAUUAUAGAGGUAAAACACUGAUAUUAUUUUAUAGGAUAUAUUGAAAGAGGGUGACUUUACAGCUUCUUUUAAGUACUAGGUACUUCUGUGAACAACAGUGGGAUUUUCCAGCAAGAAAUGUCUAUCACUGUGGAAAUAUUUAUUUUAAUGGAAUGUUUGUUUCAAUUUUUAAAUAGGAAAAGUAAUUUCUUUUUUAGUUAUCAGUAAGUCAAAGAUCAUUUUUAACUAUAAAUUAUUGGUUUGCAUUGUAUGUGAUAUUUUUAUAUAAUUUUAAAUACAAAUGUCCUGUUAUCAGGCAUUUGGGUUGGGUUUUUGCAAAUAUUAUGCCAGUUUAUAAGAACAAAUCAUACAUAUGCAAUUUAGUGAAUUGCAGUAUUUCAGCCUUUAUUUCAUAUUAUUUUAUGGAUUGCAUUUGUAUAUGAAUUAUUUUCUGUUGUACUGUUAAACACCAUUGUAUUGCAUUUAAAAAAAAAAAAGUCUUAUAUGUCAACUUGUCAGAUUUAUUUUUUAAUUCACAAACCACAAGAGCAGAUUAUACUGAAAGAAUAAAGCAGUUUUUUUAAAUAUAGAAGUCUAGAUUGGCAUUUAUUUAGACUGCCUUUCAAAAACAUGAUUAUGGUUUUCUUUUUGUAAAUUAAGUUUUAAUUUUCUCUAGGGCAUCCUAGAAAUAUAUUCCAGAGAGCUGGGAGAGUUUGAUGAUUGGUAACUGUAGGAGAGGGAAGAAAUUUAUAUCAAAUAAAUGUAAAUUUUCUAGUAGUAAUGUAUCAGAACAUCUGGAUUUACAUUAAGAAUUGAUUUCUUUUACAUAAACUUUAUUGCUACUUGACAUUGAAAAUAAAUUUAUGUAAGUUCUUGAAUCCAUCAUUUUAACAUUCAGUUCAAGGAAAUAAAACCAGAAUUGCUUUAAAAUUAUGGUAAAUUUUAAAAAAUGUUUUCCAAAGCAUAUUUGUCUUAGAUCAAUAAAACCAUUUAUAUAAAAUGCUGGGUGCAGCUGAGUUUUAUCUGUUUAAUGUUUAAGCCCUGUGUUUUUGUUCUCUCAUUAUAGAUUUCAGCACACCAUAUAUGAAAUGUGUAAGGUUUGAUUGUGCUUAAAUAGUUUACCAAUUUUAUAAUAAGACAUAUAAUAAGAUUCUCUAAAAUGUUAAGUUUUUUAGAUCAGUACUGAAGAGAAACAUUUUAAUGUAAACAUCUGUUUUAAUAUGGCUAUGUGAAAACUGUAACAGAAAAUACACAUAACUUAAUUUCAAACUCAAAAGAUUCUCUGGUUUACAGUGCACCAAAUAUUUUUUUUAAAAAAUCUUACAAUGUAGAAAAGGCAUUGCAAUGUGUAAGCAUCCCAAUAUUGUUGAACUUAAUUUUUUUGGAAGCAAGUAAAGGAUGCAAGAUUUGUAGUUUCAUUUGACAAUGUCUAGAAUUCUGGUAAAAGCAAAUUCUUGAAUAUAGUUAAAUCAAUUUGUGGAUUUUAUUAAAUUUCAAAUAAAAUUAAUAGUUGUCAAAAAGGGCCCAAUCAUUUUAAAAAAUGCUCAAGUGUAAAGUGGAGCAAAGAAAGAAAAAAAUGAAAUUUGUACCCAAGUAUGUUAAAAUGAAAAUCUGAUGCCUAAAAAUGAUCAAAUUAAUAUUAAUAUAUUUGGUUUUGAUAUGACAUAUUGAAACAGGAUAAUAUUUUCAUUCCUGAGUGCUUGCACAAUUUGUGCCUUAGGUUUUUUUAAAAAUACGCACUUUUCUUUAUUUAAAAAUCAUAUUUGUUUGUAUCUCAUAAAUAUUUCUGUAUCUUUGAAAUUACAUUUCAAAUUUGUUAUUUAGUGUAGGCAAGUGAAUCAUGUUCAUUAGAAUUGACAGCUUCCAAAUUAAUUAUGCUUGUCUUUUGUUAUUAUAAAUAUUUGUGUUCAGAGCCAUGUGUAGAAAUUUACAAAGACUUAACUAGAUUGUUUGACUUUUAAUCCUUUAUUUUCAAAUGCCUGACAUUCAAUAAUGCUGUUCAAUGCCAAAGGGUUAAUAAGUUAAUUUAAAUAAAUAUCUGAAAAUUAUUGAAACUCAUUAUUUAUUUGCUAAUUAUGUAAAAUAAUUCCUAAUGACAGAGAUAACAUGACUUGCAGUGUAGUUUACAUUAUUUGCUUAAAUACUGCUUAUUAAUUCAUUAUUACACAUUUUAUUUUUUUUAUAGCAGAUGUCCAAAUAUGAUGUUUAAAACUCCAGGGCUAAUUUAUAAUGUUCUGUUUAUUGUAUGUUGUAAAAAUACUAUUUUUUUCCAUAAAUAAAAUUAUAGUAGUAAAGCCAAACCAUAAAAGACGUACCUUAUUGUAUGUAUAAAUAUUGCCCUAAAAGCUAUAAAUGAGUAACAUUACAGAUUAAUAAUUCACCCGAGAGUGAAAUCUAAUUAUAGCCAGUAUAUUCCCACUAUGAGAAUACUAGUUCCAUUAAGUGACUGUUUUCUAGAUACAGACAGAUUUAGUGGCAAUAACUGCAAAGCAAUUUGAGAAAAUGUACUUUUUCUGUUCUUUAAAGCAACACAUUUUCAGUCCAGAAUAUCUGAAUUUUAAUUAAUUAAAACAUUUUGUUUAAAGUUGUUUAAUGUCAUAAACAGAACACAGAUACUUUUUUUCAUGAUUCUGUGGGAACUAAUGAACCCAUAUACACUUAUAUACAUAUAUACAUGCAUAAUUUCCAUAUUUCACAUUAACUAUACUAAAAACAAAUUAUUCAGUUUUUCAAGGCAAUCAAUAAACUAUGUAAGAUGGUGUUCAAAGCAUGUACAUUACUUAGCAUUCAAUAUGAUAUUUUUCCUCUUUUACUUUAAUUAAAUUUAUUUCUGUGUAUGGUAGUCUUAUAAACAAUGUUGUUUGGUAAAAAUUCCAACUAUAAUUGUAAUGUUAAAUAACUGUGGUGCAUCACAAAUAUUCAUGGGUCUUCAUUGCUUAAAAGAGUUUGUUAAUGAAUUGUGUUAUGUCCCCAACAUAGUGCAUGUUGGCCAUUAGUAAAACGUAUUGAAUGUUAUUUUCUUUUGAUAUAUUUUUGUGAGUAAUGUAAUGGUUGUUAGAAUGAUUAAUAUAGAUCCCAUGUAUUACUUAGCACAAUUAUUAUGAAGAACCAUUUAAUUUCAUGAAUGAAUAGGUGUGUAAUAUCCAUAGAUACUUGUAUUAAUACAAAAUGUUGUCCUGUGAUUUUACUAUUUUGAAUUUUUAAAUUACUUUUUAGAAAAUUUAUCAAGAACAGGAAAAUGGUUAUCAUUGGUGUGAAAUUUUUAAAAAAAUCAUAUUUAGCAUAUAUUGUCACUGUUUUGCAAUCUUAGAAUAACUUAUUUAAAGGAUAGGUUUUUAUAAAUGCAGUUUAUUGGCUAGCAGAUACAUCCUUUCAAAACUUCCCUUUUGUCACUGAUACUUUGUUUUGCAAGUGUCUUCCAAAUGUUCAGAGUUGCUUCCUGAACAAAACUAUCUACUUUGAUUUGAGGUGUAAUUCCACAGUAUAUUCCAAUUUAUAUAAUGGUUUUCUAAUCAUACAUCAUUUUCUUACAGAAUUAUAUCCAAAGUUACACUGUGUGAAUUUAGAGAUAAUAUUUUAUUCUUUUAUAUAAUGCCAACAAAAUUCUACAGUAU